AUGAGCAGAUCUCCGGAAGAAAUGCUUGCCCUCUACGAAAAGCAAUGCCGCGUAAAGGCGAGAAAGCAAAAGGAAGUCGAAGAAUUCACAACCUGGAUGGCGCAUCACUUGAAGCGCAGCAAGGAAAUGAAGCAGAAUCCUCCCCCAAAAGUGACUCCAAAGACAAUAACAGGCCCCAUCCAUCCAGCCCACGAAGUGUUCCUUCAAUGGCAACGUAAAAAAAGUGAUGAAGAUUGGGUCCUCUCACAAAUGAAGCUUGUAGUAAGCGAUGAGGAACGUACGGACGAAGAACUACAGGAAGACGUUCAAGAGUUGCUACGCUUUGAUGGAGACACGGUUUCCCCUGAGUUUAUUGAAAAGUGCAAACGGCAUGCCGAGAAGCACGCCUUGGAGGAGUUUGGACGCAAACUUUCAUUGUAA